UGGUGAGAAAAAGUAUUUCUGUGAUUUUUUCCGUGUCCACGUGAAUUUUCUAGCCAAAAUUGUGUGUUUUUAUCAAAGCAUGUAUGCGGGGAAUGCGGCAACGGUGAGAAGAAUAGAUGUCCUGACGAGGAUUCUGCGUGGGCGGCCGGAUAAAAGUGUCGUGAGAGGAAUCUCGGGAAUCAACAAAGUCACCAUUGAUGGCGUCUCGAAAGUUAUUAAACCGUCCUCAAGUCCAGAGUUCAUCCCGCGACAGUAUCUGCGGCAAGACGCUGAGGGAUUCCUCGAUGUCUCCCAGACGAUUCUCCAUCACCUUCGAUGGAUGCUGCAGAAGGAUAAUUUGGGACAGGAUAUCUUCCUGCUCGGGCGUCCGGGGCCGCUGCGGCGGAAUGUGGCAAUGCAGUUCAUCGAGCUGACACAGCGAGAGCUGGAGUACGUCGCCCUGUCCAGGGACACCACGGAGAGUGAUCUGAAGCAGAGGCGCGAGAUUGAGUCCGGAACAGCAAAGUACCACGACCAGUCGGCCGUGCGGGCGGCUAUCAACGGGCGCGUGCUGGUGAUCGAAGGUGUGGAGAAGGCUGAGCGAAAUGUGCUGCCGGUGCUGAACAAUUUGCUUGAGAAUCGCGAAAUGAAUCUCGAGGAUGGAAGAUUACUGAUCCCAGCCGAAAGAUACGACAAACUCAUGGAGCAGUACGGAGCGGAGGAGCUGCGCCGAUGGGGCCUCGUGCGGGUGUCUGAGGACUUUCGCGUGAUCGCCCUGGGACUGCCGGUGCCGAAAUACCGUGGAGCUCCGCUCGAUCCGCCGCUGAGAUCGCGCUUCCAGGCCAGGGAUGUGACGAAUCUGUCCUACCAGGAAAUAUUCAGCGGGAUGCGCUCUGUGGCACCGAAUGCUGACCCGGAAAAAUUGCGGCAAAUCCUGUCGUUCGGCUUUGCCAUCCAACAAGCUGAUGCCAAGACAAAUUUGCCUGAUUUCCCAAUUGAUAGCGCUUACAGUGCAGCCAAAAUCCUGAACAACAAUAAGUCUCUCAGCGCCUUUGACGUCAUCUACCGUCUUUAUCCAUACCGGAGUUUCAUGCCUAAAGAGAGUCACGAGGCGGUCAACACACUCCUCAAGUCACUGAACAUCAAGGAGAGUGAAGUUUCGGGCGACCAGGAGAUCACUCAUGUGCAUUCAGAGGGCGAAUCCGUGGCCAGUGUGACUGUGUCGUCGCAUCGAGUGGGAAAUGUGGUCGUUGCUGUGCCUUCGGGUGGACGCAAGUACAAUUUGGACAGUCCGAUGGGCAGAUUCGUGUCCACGGGCUACCAGAACAAUCUCCUGGCGGAUGUGAUGCAGAGCUUUGCGGUGGGAGAUGUGUGCCUGCUGGGGCCCAAAGGAUGUGGCAAAUCGGCUCUCGUGAUGGAGCUGUGCAAUCUGCUCGGGCAGUCUGUGGAGUCGAUGGUGCUGUAUCAGGACAUGACGGGGAGGGAUUUGAUUCAGCAGCGAACGACCAAGAUCAACGGGGACACCAUUUGGCGGGAUUCUGCUCUGUUGAGAGCGGCUCUUGCCGGACGUGUGGCAGUUCUGGAUGGCAUUCAUCGUAUUCACAAUUCCACCGUCUCGAUUCUGCAUCGCUUAGUGCACGACAGGGAGCUUCAGCUGUACGAUGGACGAAGACUGGUCAGUCACGAGAGAUUCGAUGAUCUCCUGGCCAUGGGCGCCACUCCAGGCAGCCUAGAGGCGAAGGGUGUGUUGAGGAUCCAUCCGUCUUUCAGGAUUGUCGCUCUGGCUGAGCCGCCAGUUCUCGACACGGGCGCCAAUUGGCUUACACCGGAAAUGCUGAGCCUGUUUACCUUCCACGAAGUGAGGAAUCUGAGUCAGAAAGAGGAAAUUCACAUUAUCAACUCACUUUAUGGAGAAAUUGGACCGUCUUUAGAGAAGAUUCUGAACUUGGCGCAAUUUUUGCGCGAUGCGAAGGAUCCGAUAAUGAAAAAUCUGGCUGGAACACUGUCCACGAGGCAAUUGUUGAGAAUCGCCCAUCGGAUGUCAGUGUAUCCGCCGGAAAAGGUGGGAAUCUUUGCGAAGCCCGUCGAGCAUCCACUGAAUUCUGCAUAUGAGACAAUUCAGAGGACUUUCCUGGCCAAGUUCCUACCCGCUCUGCCGCGAGCCACGCUGGAGAGCGUCCUGGAGCGCUUCAAGAUCCACCAGAGGCUGGAAGCGGAAAGCGGAGUGGAGAAGACGGAGAUUGAGGUGGCGAAUGGCAGAGUGAGAAUUGGCAAGACCGACACGGAGGUUUAUCGCACGGACGCCGUGACCAAAGUGCCUGACAUCCUCUUCUACGAUGUGCCUCAGCAUGUGGUGCUGAUGGAGCACCUGUUGCAGGACUUUCUCAUUGGGAAUCACCUGCUGUUGGUGGGGAAUCAAGGUGUGGGCAAGAAUAAGAUCGCUGAUCGCCUGUUGCAGGUGAUGAAUCGCCCAAGAGAGUACAUUCAGCUGCACAGGGACACAACUGUGCAGACUCUGACGCUCCAGCCGGCCAUUAAGGAUGGUAUUGUGACGUACGAAGAUUCUCCGCUGGUGAAGGCUGUGAAAAAUGGUCAUGUCCUGGUGGUGGAUGAAGCUGACAAGGCGCCGACGCAUGUUACGUGCAUCCUGAAGACGUUAGUGGAGAAUGGCGAGAUGAUUCUGUCAGAUGGCAGGAAAAUCCUGCCGGCUGCGAUGGCGGGAAAAGAGCAAUCGUCACCUGAUGUUAUCUAUGCACACAGGGAUUUCCGAAUGAUUGUCCUCGCCAAUCGACCGGGAUUUCCUUUCCUGGGCAAUGACUUUUUUGCCUCUCUUGGCGAUCUCUUCAGUUGCCACUCGGUGGACAAUCCAUCGACGGAGUCGGAGAUUUUCCUGCUGCAACAGUAUGGUCCGGAUGUGCCACGCAAUGUCCUGGACACUCUCGUGAGAGCAUUUGCAGAGCUCCGCUCCAUGGCGGAUGUUGGCCAGCUGAGCUAUCCGUACAGCACUCGAGAGGUUGUGAAUAUCGUGAAGCAUCUGCAGCGCUUUCCCAGUGAAGACAUGUCAGAAUUGGUGGGAAAUGUUCUGGAUUUCGACAGAUAUUCUCCGGAGGCGCUGGAAUUGGUGACGUCUGUUCUGCAGAAGCACGGGCUGCCGAUUGAGGGAUAUGCGAGGCAUGAAAUGGCAGCGCUGAGGAAGAAGCGGGAGAUUCAGGUGACGGUGGAGAGCAAGAGUGGCAAGAGUGUGUCUGGCCCGAAGCAUGGCAAGGUGGAUCCGAAGAAUGAUCCACAUGUGGGUGGAAAUACGUGGGCUGGUGGCAGUGGUGGACGCGAUACGGCUGGCUUGGGUGGGAAAGGUGGACCGUAUCGUCUGGACUCAGGGAAUCCGGUGCAUCAGUUGUCGGACGAGGAGAAGGAUGACAUUCCGGAUGAGGUGAAGAAGGCAGCGCGUGAGAUGAAUCGGCGUGCUUACGAGGAGCGCCUCAGGGAGAUCAAGAUGUCAACGUAUGAUCACUCUGUCUAUGAGGAGUACAGCUUGCCAGUGCAGAAGCAAGUGAAGGAGCUGAGGGUCGUCCUGAAUGCGCUACAGGCGAAGAGCAAGGAGCGCCACUGGCAGAAGCACCAAACCACUGGCGAGUUGGACGACACGAAGCUCGUGGAGGGAAUCACGGGUGAGAAGAACAUCUAUCGCAGGCGAGCGGAGCAGGAGCCCGAGCCUGGACAGCCACAGGAGAAGCCAAAGCGCCUCAAGUUGGUGGUUGAUGUCUCAGGAUCGAUGUACAGAUUCAACGGCUACGAUGGGCGCUUGGAUAGAGAGAUGGAGGCCGUGGUUCUUGUCAUGGAGGCUUUUGAGGGGUUCGCGCACAAAGUGGAGUAUGACAUCGUGGGCCACAGCGGAGAGACAUACUAUAUUCCCUUCGUGGACGCCAAGAAGCCGCCCAAAGACGAUAGAGUGCGCUUGGAGACCAUCAAAAUGAUGCACGCCCACGCUCAGUACUGCUGGUCGGGAGAUCACACACUCCUGGCCACGAACCAUGCCGUGGAUCAGCUGGCGCAAGAGGAGUGCGAUGAGGCGAUCGUGGUGGUGCUGAGUGAUGCCAAUCUGCAGCGCUAUGGCAUUUCACCGGCUAAAGUGGCUCAGGCGCUGCAGAAGCGAGAGCCGAAAGUGCAGGCCUACGUUAUCUUCAUCGGCAGCAUUGGCGAGGAGGCGGAAAUAAUCAAUCAAAAAAUGCCGCCCGGAAGGAGUUUUGUCUGCAUGGAUUUAGCACAAUUACCACAGAUUCUGAAGCAGAUCUUCACGUCUUCCGUACUCUAUCAGAGUGCACUGUAGUGAUUGGGAUUUUAGGGCAAUUUAGAGGGUGACUUGACCAACGAAAUGCAUUUAUUCGUAUAGGUGAAUUUAAAUAAAUCUUGUUACAUUGUUA